AUGACACUGCGUCACAAGAACAACAGUAAGUUCAUGAAGAGUGCACUCAAGGGUGGAUUGACCAGUGAGAUUCGUCAGGAUAUCAAUGAGAGAAAGGAGCUAUCCAAGUCGCUGAUGGGACGUAUGAAUAGACGUAAAGGAGAGAAAGAUAGUGACGAUGAAGUUGAUAGUGGAGAUGAUGAAGUUGUCGCUCCAACAACUAAAUCAAAACAACAACCUAAAGAAAUAACAAGAACCGAUGUUGAUUCAAUCGAUCCGGCAAUGUCAAUGAAAGAUAGAAUUCAAGCAAAGUUGGAUCUCUUGGGAAUGUCGGAGCAAGUCGAUCUCAAAGAGACUGGAAUCAACGGAAUGAAGUUUAUGCAAUCAAAGUUGGAGCGUGAUCUCGAUAGAAAGUUGAAGAAGAGCGUAUCCGGUGGUAGCGAUGACUACGAGCAGCAGGAGGAGGAAGCUCAGAUGACCAUUCUCGAGAAUGAGAAUCGUAUUGCCGUUCAUAGACCGGUCCGCUCCAACAAGGCGGUGUUGAGUGCCGAACAACUAGCAAGUGGACAUACUCAACUCGAUCAAGUUGCAUUGUCUGGAGGUCACAAGAUGAGAAUGUCAGAGCAAAUCUCAAUUGGAAAGCAACAACAAUCUAUGAAAACAGAGAACAUUCAAGGUGGAAACAAGAAACAGGAAACCAAAUCGAUUAAAGUAAACAAGGAGAUCGAUGAAGACAAUUUAGACGAACAAAUGGAGAAUCCAUGGUUGGAAGUCACCAAAUCCAACAAGUCUGGAAAGAACAAGGAAAAGAAGAAACAAUCACAAAAGGUUUUAGUUGAUAUGGAUAAUAUUGUACCUAUUAACAAUAAUAAUAUUAAUAAUAGUAACAAUAAGAGAAAGAAUGUAGAUAGUAUAGAUAAAACAACAACAACAACAACAACAGAUAAUAAUAUUAAUAAUAAGUUAGAAGAUAAUAAUAGUAAUAAGAAGAGAAAACAUCCAGGAAUGUCAUUGAUUACAUCGAAUAAACAAAAGGAGUUACUUUUGGAAGCGUUCGCCAGAGACAAUGUUGAAGACGAGUUUGCCAAGGCCAAGCAGGAGCUGUUGGAGCAAGAGUUGGAGAAACACGAAGAGGAGAACGCUCCACCCAAACAACUACCGGGCUGGGGAUCGUGGACUGGCGAUGGAAUCAAAGAAAAGAAGGUUGACGAAGCCAAGCUAAAGAGAGAGCGUGAAGCUAAACUCAAAGCAAUUGCACAGAAGCGAUCCGAUUAUAAAAACAGUAGAGUUGUAAUCGAUGAGAAAUCAAAUAUUUCCGGUGUAUCUAAAUAUUUAUUGAGUAAAACACCGAUGCAUUAUGAGAGUAAAGAACAAUAUGAAAGUACACUGGAGGUACCACUUGGAAAAGAUUGGAAUACUCGUACUGUCUACCAGAAACUCAUUGAACCGAAACUCUCUGUUGCUGCCGGAACCUAUAUUAAACCGGUGACACGUGCCGAUCGUAAUCAUGUCACUCACCAAAUCAAUCUCAACAAAAAAGAAUCUAAUAAGGUCACUUCUCUUAAACAAACAAACAAUAACAACAACAACAAUAACAAUAAGAAACAAAAAUCAAAAUAA